AGAUCGUAGCAAUAAUCCUUGCCACCAUCCAGGUCGGCGCGAGGCCCUCAAGACCAGCUCAGCAGAUCACAACGGCGUCCUUCACUCCGCUCUGAACACACACGCACACAGAGUCUCCCAGCCGCUGGGAACAUUGAAGCGUACCACACAACAAACAACAUAGAAACAGAGGAUUCUCCAAGAUGUCUCCUUCCAGCCCUCUUUCUGCCUCCGCCGCCGCCAACCGCCGCAAGAUGUCGUACGCGGACAUCCUCAAGAGCAGCCCGCGCCAGAUCUUCCCGUCGUCCCCGCCGCUCAGAUGUCCAAGGGAACUGAUGAGCAGCAGCUGCCCAUGGGCGAGCUGGCAUUCCCACCGCUUCCUAAGGCAGCAAUGCCGAGCACGACAAAGCAGGGCGGUGCUCACAUGACCAAGCUCACUGCCGCCGACUCCAGUACGACGGUCAAGAAGGCACGAUCUUCAGCCGCUAGGAAGGCCCACUCGGCAAAGGUGUUUAUCUUCGAUGCCAUCAAGAAGCAACCAUUGGCGCCCACGAAGCCCUCGUCCUCCGGCUCCGCCUCCAAGGUCGUCACCACCUCGUCUGGCUCAGGUGCGAAGAGGGGUUGCUCCUCGUCCGUCGCCGGCGCAGAUCCUGCAACAUCCAAGCCGGACUCAGCCCUGCAAUGGACCAUGAAGAAGCACGCGCGCGACUCUAUGCAGCUGGGCCUCAAAGACUCCUAGCCUCCCGCAUAUGGUGCCUCAUCCGCAAGCCCUGCUGGUACAUACAACAGAUGGUCGGCUCGUCCCGAGACGCUGGCUCCCUCGCCACCGGCCCGUCC